ACUUACCAUGGCCACGAGCUGUUGUGACUGUGCCGCGGCGAACAGCUCCGUCCUGGACCUCUUGACUCCGCCGGCAGGAACCAAAGCCAUGUCCCCCGGUCUCUUCUUUGGCUCAAUCAUGGUUUAACAACUCAAUGAACACGAUGGUGUUUAACAGAAAUCGACUUGGAUAAAUUAACUUCUUUCAACAAACCGCUUUCGACACAAGUACGAAGUGAAGAGUGGUCUGAGGUACUUCCAGUUCUCAGGGCGAUUGAUUGGUUCGCAGCUCCUCUGUUAACGUUGAUUGGUUAUCAUUGUUGUUGACCAUGGCCCGUGAACCGGAAGAAAACAUCUGAAACAGACUACAAAAAUAAAUACUCGGCACACAAGGGAGAGAGUUAUACUGUGAGUCGCCAUCAUCAUCAUGGCAGACUUUGACCAUGACCAGCAGGAGCCUGCAGGACUAGAUGGCUUGCCAGCCAUGUACAGUAUUGUGAAGGGAGAGGUGGCUUCUGUACAGACCUACGGAGCCUUCAUCAAGAUUCCUGGCUACAGGAAGCAGGGGUUGGUUCAUAUCAGUGAGUUGUCAGCCUGUAGGGUUGAGAAUGUUGCAGAAGUCGUCGACGUGGGAGAGCAGGUGUGGAUCAAGGUCAUCGGAAGAGAGAUGCGUGAUGACAAGGUGAAGCUCUCCUUCUCAAUGAAAGCUGUCAAUCAAGGAACAGGGAAAGACCUGGACCCCAACAAUGUCAUAGCAGAGCAGGAUGAGCGGAGGCGUAGACAGUUCAAAGAUGGUACAGGACGGAGGAUCACAUUGGAGGCUGUACUCAACACCACCUGCAAGAAGUGUGGCUGCAAAGGGCACUUUGCUAAGGACUGUUUCUCGGCCCCGGGGCUGCAGUAUGAUCUGAUACCUGAGGAGGGCGAUGAUGAGCCUCAGCAGCUACAGAAAGAGCCUAUCAACCCCAACCUCAUCCCACUCGCAGUCCGCAAAACCCAACCUCCACAGGACUCACACAAGAAGAAGAAAAAGGAGAAAAAAGAGAAAAAGGAGAAGAAGGGGAAGAAGAAGAAGAGGAAGAGAGAGAGGAAGGAGUCCGAAAGUGACAGCAGCAGCAGUGGACCCGGUCAGGCCAAGAGAGGGCGCCAUGACGACAGAGAGGACAGAAAGAAGAAGAAACACAAGAAACACAAGUCCCACAAACACAUCUGAGACUGAUCUGACGGACUGACACACAUACAUUGCACUAAACACACACAAAUCACACUGUAGACACACAUGCACACAGUAAAACUGUGAACCUGCACAUACACAGCGUAGACUUGGUUGGACACACACACAAGUUGACGCAACAGUCAGAAGCCCCUCAUAGCCCCUUGCCCCUACCGUCUGACACAUGCAGAUCGAUAGAAACCUGAUAGGUGUUAGCAAUAUGGCAGCUUCCCUGAGCCCAUCGGAAAGUUAAGUAUAUAUUGCACCUAUCCAGUUCCCUCAGAUCUACCUUUAACACUGAAGAGGUUAGUGUUGUUUUCAGGAUGACAGUAUAGGUGUCUCAGAUCCCACAACACCUGGAGUUAACAUCUCAGGAACCAUAUCAAGAUGUUGUAAUCUGUGCAGGCCUGUGCUGUGUUAGUAAUAUGUGUAUCUGGAACCUGUCCUCACUGGUCAGGUUAAACGCAUGACAUACACUACAUGACCAAAAGUAUGUGGACACCUGCUCGUCGAACAUCUCAUUCCAAAAUCUUUGUUUGAUGGGGUUGAGGUCAGGACUCUGUGCAGGCUAGUAAAGUUCUUCCACAACGAUGUCGACAAACCAUGCUGAAACAGGAAAGGGCCUUCCCCAAACUGUUGCCACAAAGUUGGAAGCACAGAAUUGUCUAGAUUGUCAUUGUAUGCUGUAGUGUUAAGAUUUCCCUACACUGGAACUAAGGGGCCUAGACCGAACCAUAAACUGUCCCAGAUCAUUAAUACUCCUCCACCAAACCUUACAGUUGGUACUAUGCAUUAGGGCAGGUAGCGCUCUUCUGGCGUCUGCCAACCCCAGAUUUGUCUGUCGGACUGCCAGAUGGUGAUGCGUGAUUCUUCACUCCAGAGAAGGCGUUUCCACUGCUCCAAAGUCCAAUGGUGGCGAGAUUUCCAACACUCUAACCGACGCUUGGCAUUGCGCAUGGUGAUCUUUGGCCUGUGUGCAACUGCUCAGCCAUGGAAACCCAUUUCAUUAAGCUCUUGACAAACAGUUCUUGUGCUGACGUUGGUUCCAAAGGCAGUUUGGAACUCGAUAGUGAGUGUUGCAACCGAGGACAGAUGAUUUUUAUGCGCUACACGCUUCCACACUCCGUGGUCCCGCUCUUCAGAAAGGCCAUUUUACUGCCAAUCUUUGUCUAUGGAGAUUGCAUGGCUGUGUGCUCGAUUUUAUACACCUGUCAGCAAGAGGUGUGGCUGAAGUAGCCGAAUCCACUCAUUUGAAGGGGUGUCCACAUACUUUUGUAUAUAUAUAGUGUACAUACAUCAAAGCAACACACACAGGAAGUGGUAAAGCCGUAAAGAAGAAGUGUAUAUGUGUUACAGGAGAUUCCCCAGAAACACGCCACUUCGAUACAGCUAUGACCGGAAGUUACUUUUUCGUAGCAGGUUAGGAGAAUAAGGUUAGGGUUAGCAAAAAUGCUCUCAUAACCUUCUACAAAAAGUCAAGGUCAUAGCUGUAUGGAAGUGCUGUGUUUUUAGGGAGUCCCUGUCAAACAUACAGGAACCUCAUGCUUGCGAUAUCCUGUUGGUACACGCCCCUUAUUGUGUGUGAACACGUGUACUCUGCAACCAUGUCAUUGAAGAUGUGUGUUUGUGUGCAAAGGAGUUUGUGUAACAUGGUCCAUAUUCCUGUAUGCAAACUAUGAUGGUCUUUAUUAAAGAUUUAAACUGUCAAGUAA